GCCUGUGGCUUGUGCGCGGCGUUCUGUGUCGUGUGACGAUCGGAGACGUCGCCAUUUUCACGCUGUGUCGGUGUGUGUGCAAGGAUAGUCGUGUUCACAUUCUGGGUGCGUGUAUGUGUGUGUAUUACACCUUACAUGUGUGAUUUGUGCUAGCACGGAACUUGCGUAAAAGGCGUUUUGCUCCGUUCUAUCGACGAGUAUUUUUUUAAAGGCCGUGUAAACGAAAAAACUUUUGCGGCUUUCUUUCGUAUUUUGUUCUGUUAUAAAUUAAUUACGAUGAAUCAAUCGAGAAAUUUUACAUCUUUGUUGAAUCCGAGCUAUUUGCAAAAUGCACAAAACGCGGUUAGCGCAAAUGCUGCAGCGGCGGCUGCAGCAGCCGCAGCUGCUGCCGUGUCUGCUGCUAUCGCGAAUGGUACACCUCUCAAUGCCGUAUCACCAUCGACACCUCCUGGACGGAAACGCGAUUCCGAUGGUCUUUCAGAUGGUAAGCAGGAUAAGGAAUCAAAAGAAGAGCGAAGGAAGCGAAGGAAAACAAGAUGGGGUGGAAACGAGCAUGACAAGACAUUCAUUCCAGGAAUGCCUACAGUGUUACCGACAAACUUAACGCCAGAUCAGGAGAGGGCAUAUCUCUUUCAGCUGCAGAUUGAGGAAAUCAGCAGGAAACUACGCACGGGAGAUCUUGGGAUUCCGCUUAACCCUGAGGAAAGAUCACCCUCGCCCGAGCCGAUUUACAGUAGCGAUGGCAAAAGAUUGAACACACGUGAAUAUCGCACGAGACGUAAACUCGAGGAAGAACGGCAUAAUCUUAUACAGAAGAUCAUGAAAAUAAAUCCUGAAUUCAAACCACCUCCGGAUUACAAGCCACCAAUUAUUCGCGUGCACGAUAAAGUUAUGAUUCCACAAGAGGAGCAUCCGGAUAUUAAUUUCGUCGGAUUACUCAUAGGACCGCGGGGUAAUACGUUAAAAUCUAUGGAAAAAGAGACUGGAGCUAAAAUCAUAAUCCGAGGUAAAGGCUCGGUCAAGGAAGGCAAAGUCGGUCGAAAAGAUGGACAACCAUUGCCUGGCGAGGACGAACCGCUACAUGCAUAUAUUACAGCCAAUAAUUUGGAAGCCGUUAAAAAAGCUGUCGAAAGGAUUCAUGAAAUAAUUCGUCAAGGCGUCGAAGUUCCGGAGGGUCAAAAUGAUUUGAGACGUAAUCAACUGCGGGAAUUAGCUCUGUUGAAUGGAACGUUACGCGAAAACGACGGACCGCGAUGCACGAAUUGUGGAGCUUCGGAUCACAAGUCUUGGCUGUGUCCGGACAAACCAAACGUGACGAACAAUAUUGUGUGCUCGAGUUGUGGCGGAGCUGGACACAUAGCAAGAGAUUGUAGGUCAAAACGACCGGGCCAAGGCGGGCCUGCUGCUGCAGGAGGAAGUGGUACUGGACCAGGAGGUGACAAGGCAAAAAUAGACGAGGAAUACAUGUCGCUAAUGGCUGAAUUGGGCGAAGGACCUCCUCCAGACAGGUCUAAAAAUGCUCAAUCGAGACAUAACACGAGUACGAAUUAUCCAGGUUUAUUCGAUAGACAACAGACUCCCCGAGCGUUAAUGGCAGCACCGGCACAUCCGCCACCUCAAAUGAUGCAAGGAGGUCCAAUGAUGCCUCCGCCAGGGAUGGCUCCGCCGCCGUGGAAUCAAGGUGAAGUAAAUAACAUGAAUGGAAUGAAUAUGCAAUGGCAACAGCAGCCAGUAAGCAUGCCGCCACCGCCGGGCGUAAUGCAGCCUCCACCGCCACCACCGGGCUCAACAUCGCAGCCAAAUAUUCCACCUCUGAUGCCAUGGAUGACUGGAAAUAAUCAGCCACCUCCUCCCGGACAAAUCCCACCGCCUGGACAAAUGCCACCGACUCAAAUACCACCUCCGGGUAUGGGAAUUCCUCCUUGGCAACAGGGCCAGCAAACACCGAUGAGACCACCGCCUCCGGGUACUGCGCCGCCCCCGGGCUACCCCGGAUGGCAGCCUCAACAUAUGGGAGGUUGGCCAGCAGCACCGGUUCCUCCUCCUCCUCAGCAACAAGCUCCUGCACCGCCUGGCAUUGAUCUCAACAGUCUGCCUACUCUUCUGGCUCAACCUCCACCCCCGCCUCCGCCAACGAGUUAAUGCAACAAUUACCACCACACGAGAUAACACAAAACGCCCCUUGCAAGUGUUACUUUCUUGACAAGACCAAACGUAAAAAUAUGAAACGAGAUAUUACAAGAGGCACGUCGAGCAAGCGAAGCAAUAAUCCGAUAGAUCACGAUCGAAGUUCAUCGUCUCCAUAGUUUAAUAUUCAUACAGUCACCGUUGAACACUCACCGAACACACUAAACGUCCGAAAACCCAAUCAGAAGUAUUCAAAUAUUCAAGUAAUCAGAGGCAGAACACGAUCAAUCAUUAAACGGCCUUCAAAACGGCCGUCUUUAUCUGUGAACUUUCUUCAUGAGUCUUAUAAGCGACCGUAUGUCGUAGUCCGAGAACUCUUAAGACGAUCAAAUGCUGAAAGGAAUUUCAUUAAGUUGCAUUGUGACAGAAAAUCUGAAACUUUUGAGCCUCUGAGGACGAAAUAGGAAAUUGAAGAAUUACCAGAAAACGCACAUCAACGCCUCCGAACACUUUCCAAUGGAAAAUUUCACGAUUCUUCAUCAAAGAUUCCGAUAUGGUGUAAUUUUUCUUUUUCUCGCUCACUUUUGUACACGCCUCGGCGAACUUUACAAGAUUCUUCAUACUGUAGCCGGCAAGUUAUGCGUAAUGUCUGCACAUCACGUUUCUCUAACUUGAUUUUUUUCAAAUACGAUAUGCCUGAGAAGUAGAUAAAAUAUAGAAAAUCAAUGUUCCGAUCGAUUAUUUGCGAAGGAAAUAUUUUCCAACGUAAUCCUUGUGUUCGUAUUUCCUUGGGGUUGAUGAUGUUUGAAUUUACAAUACAUGCACCGUUUAUUAGUCGAUUUGUACUCCGAACAAGCACGCUGAUGAAAUUCGAGUAGAAAUUCAAGAGCGUCUAAAAAAAUGGCAAUACCCAAUUUUAGUCUCUUCGGUACGAAUUUGUUAAUUCUGUAGAUAAAAUAAAAAUAAAUGGAAUAAUUGGAGUUUGCUCUCCAGUGACGCUGUCAUGAUGAAAUCUUAAUGCGAGAUGGGAAAACAAGCACCCCUUAUUUCGAAUUAUGUUGUGUGAAGUAUCUUUAGACUUUAUUCAAGUACAAUAUUAUUCAGUUAUACUUUCAAUUGAAAUAAAUGUUGGAAGACACGGCUACCUUA